CCUCUAUUCCCCGCUUCUUCCCCAGGGUCCCCAUGAUGCUCCCAUACUUGGCCGACCCUCAUCAUCUUCUCUGCCUUCUGGCCUCUCCUUUCUUUUUCAUUUAUUAUUCUCCCUUUGUCCGCCAAAUAUAAUUACCCAUCCACCAAUUACUCCCUUGCAACUUCGCUUUCUCUCUCCCUUUGGUUUUUCUUUCUUCUUUCUUCCUCUUUUUACCUUUUCCUCAAGAAACUCACCGAAGUUGCACCCAGCCAUCGCCAAUUCUCAUCUGCAGGCAUUUUUUUUGAAGGGGUGCCUCUGAUUCUGCUCACAUAACAUCAACUUAACAGCAUAAAUGAUGACAAGCAUAGCUCCAGGUAACUCCAAGCUGCAUUUUGGGGAGACAUUUUACAGAGGACAAGGUUGCAAACAACCUUACUGGGUGUCCAGUGUAGCUGUCCCGAGAUGCACGCAAAAAGAUCUUUCUUCGUCAUACGGGGUUUCCAAGGCCUUUUGGAUUAAUGGACUUCAGAAUCUUCAUUUGCAUACCAAUCAGAAGUGGAAGCCACGCAGGACAUCAAUCUCAUCAUCUCUCCGAGAUGGUUCUGCAAAGUACUUUGAUUUUGCUGUAAUUGGCAGCGGAGUUGCUGGCCUGCGAUAUGCUCUUGAAGUUGCAAGACAUGGUACAGUUGCUGUCAUAACGAAGGCUGAGCCCCAUGAGAGCAACACCAACUAUGCACAGGGUGGAGUUAGUGCAGUAUUGUGUCCUUCAGAUUCAGUGGAGAGUCAUAUGCACGACACAAUUGUAGCAGGUGCUUACCUAUGCGAUGAGGAGAUUGUUAAGGUGGUGUGUACAGAAGGACCUGAUAGAAUCAGAGAAUUAAUUGCUAUGGGUGCUUCUUUUGAUCAUGGAGAGGAUGGGAACUUGCAUCUCGCAAGGGAAGGUGGCCACUCUCAUCAUAGAAUUGUUCAUGCUGCUGAUAUGACUGGGAGGGAAAUAGAAAGGGCUCUACUGGAGGCAGUUGACAAGGAUCCUAAUAUUUUUAUGUUUGAACAUCAUUUUGCUGUAGAUUUGUUGACUUCACAGGAUGGUUCUGACACAAUUUGUUAUGGAGUAGACACUUUUAACACAGCAACACAAGAGGUUGUAAGAUUUAUCUCAACGGUGAUUUUGCUCGCAUCAGGUGGAGCUGGACAUAUCUAUCCAACUACAACUAAUCCUCCGGUAGCCACUGGUGAUGGAAUUGCAAUGGCGCAUCGAGCUCAAGCUGUAAUUUCUAAUAUGGAAUUUGUUCAAUUCCACCCUACUGCCUUGGCUGAUGAAGGCCUUCCCAUUAGACCAACCAAUGCCAGAGAAAAUGCCUUUCUGAUAACUGAAGCCGUCAGAGGAGAUGGAGGCAUUCUAUACAACUUGGGAAUGGAAAGGUUUAUGCCUUUUUAUGAUGAUCGUGCAGAGCUUGCCCCAAGGGAUGUGGUGGCAAGAAGUAUUGAUGAUCAGCUUAAGAAGCGUAUUGACAGGUAUGUGCUUCUUGAUAUAAGUCACAAACCUAGACAAAAGGUUUUGGCUCACUUCCCCAACAUAGCUGCUGAGUGUCUGCGGCAUGGCUUAGACAUAACAAAACAACCAAUCCCGGUAGUUCCUGCUGCACAUUACAUGUGUGGUGGAGUUCGUGCCGGCCUUCAGGGAGAGACGAAUGUGAGAGGUCUCUACGUCGCUGGUGAGGUUGCAUGCACAGGUUUACAUGGAGCAAACCGACUUGCUAGCAACUCAUUGCUCGAGGCACUAGUUUUUGCACGAAGAGCUGUGCAGCCUUCUGUUGAUCAUAUGAAGAGCUCUAAUAUAGACCACAGUGCCUCUGAUGCGUGGCCCAAGCCAGUUAUGCCCAUAGCACUUGGGAGUGCUGUAUUGAACAAUAUAAUCUACAGGACAAGAGAAGUAAGGAAAGAAUUGCAGUCAAUCAUGUGGAAAUAUGUUGGAAUUGUUCGUUCGACGACCAGGCUGAAAACUGCUGAGAAGAAAAUUGGGGAAUUGGAGUUGGAAUGGGAGUCAUUUUUAUUUCAGAAUGGUUGGGAACCAACAAUGGUAGGGCUCGAAGCUUGUGAAAUGAGGAACCUCUUUUGUUGUGCCAAGCUGGUGGUGAGUAGUGCUCUAGCUAGGCAAGAAAGUCGUGGACUUCACUACACAGUUGAUUUUCCGUUUGUGGUGGAAAGCGAAAGACUGCCAACAGUCAUCUUUCCUGGUUCCCCGGUGAAUGGCACAUGGAGCUCUCGGCAAUUGCACAGACCGCAAGUAUGUUCAACGUAGUGACCCCAAUUUUUCCUGCCAUAUAGUGUGAAUGCAGAAUGCCAUUAGUUCUGCUAGCUACUCCAAAUUUUAAUUCUAGCAAAUGUGAAAAUAUAUAGUACUGAGGCUGGUUUUUUUUUUAUUGUUUUUCUUCCACUGAUUUUUUACCUUCAAAUAAGGGGGGGAAAAAGGUUUUAUUCCGGUCAAGAGUUGCCCCCGGGCACCCUUCUUCCCUGUCGCAAACGCAAACACCUGAGAGAGAGAGAGAGAUAUUUAGUUGUGUAUGGGGUCUGCGUGCUCUCUGUAACUGUACAUUACGCAACUCAUUUAAAGCAAAUUUGGAGGUGUCAGCAAUGGAAACUGCUAUAUUUCCUUCGCGAUA